AUGAACCCCCGGAAACUCGCCCUUGCCGGGCUCGCCGCCCAUCUUGUCCCCGGUGUUGAUGCCGGCCAAACACUUGGCCGGCCCGGCUACGGAUUCAUCGGGUAUGGGAUCGAGAUGUACAAACCGACGUGUGCAUAUGCGUGCAGAGAUUCCAUCACCGCGCCGCUCAACUGCACAGAUGCAGACAUGGGAGGGGGUCAUGAGCACUCCGACGGCAUGAUCAUGAAGCGGAUGGACGGCUGGAUGGUCAUGGCUCCCACCCCGGAGUGCAAAGUCAGCAACGACUUCUUCCUCCAGACUCUUGCGUAUUGUAUGAAGAAGCGCUGCCCGGAUGUCGCCAUCAGCAAAUUGGAGUCAUUCUGGGUCGACAACGUGGCAGGAAGCAAGCCACACCAGCCCGUUCCCAAGGAGAGCUACUCGGACACCCUGAACGCCAUCGUCACGCCACCGACACGCGAGCUGAACAACAGCGUCCCCCUCAAUUACAUAGCUGUGGUCACCGACGACCAGUGGAGUCCCAUAUACGGCACCAAUGCCAACUUCGAGGACACGGAGACGACGCACGUGCGUUACGGCCUGGUUAUAUUGCUGACCGGCGCCAUCAUCCCCAUCGGCCUUUCCCUUCUACGGUUCCUCCCCUGGCCUGCGUCCUGGGUAUCCCGUAUCAAUGGGUACCUCAUCGACCCGCCUCUGUUCGGCUCGAGGCAUGCAUCUCCGGUGUGGGGACUGGGCAUCAUGCCGACCCGGGGACAAGCCCUCUUCAUCGCCUACCUGUGGAUCAUCAAUGUGGUCCUGUCAGCAGUGGGGUACGUCAUCAUCUGGCCCAAUACUUGGUACGAGAGCACCUCGAUCGAAGUCAUGGCCUUCGUAGCCAACCGGACGGGCAUCCUCAGCUUUGCAAAUUUCCCCCUGGUCUUCCUGUACUCAGGCCGGAACAACAUCCUCCUCUGGGUGACGGACUGGUCGCACUCGACCUUCCUGCUCCUACACCGCUGGAUCGCCUUCAUCUGCACGCUCCAAGCCGUUCUGCACAGCAUUAUCUACCUGUACAUGUACACGCAGCUGCCCGGCUGGGGCUACGCGUCCGAGAGCCGGCUACCAUACUGGGUCUGGGGCAUCAUCGCGACCCUCGCGCUAUCCAUCGCAAUCCCAGCAUCAAUCCUACCACUGCGCCAGCGCCUCUACGAGGUGUUUCUCGCCGGCCACAUCACGCUCGCCAUCCUCUCCCUCCUCGGCUGCUUCCUGCACAUCUGGUACCGUUUCAACCGCCAAUGGGGCUACGAGACGUGGCUGUACGUCGCCGCCGCCGUCUGGGCCUUUGACCGCACCGCCCGCCUGACCCGCACCGUCCUGGGUGGACGAGGAAUCAGGCGCGCCUUCGUCACCCCGAUCGACGACGACUACUACCGCGUCGACGUCCCGGGCGUCGCCAUCGCCGGCCAUGCAUACCUGCACUUCCCCACCCUCAGCGGCUGGCGCGUCUGGGAGAACCACCCCUUCUCCGUCGCCGCCAUCACCGCCGGCCGGGUGCCCGCCCAGCAGCAGCAGAAGCAGCAGCCGUCAGGCCGCCCCGCCGUUGAGGAGCCAUCCACCCCCGGCGCCUCCUCGCGCUCCUCCGACUCGCUCCCCCAGCCGGCACCGCCGACAACCGCCAGAGCCAGCGUCCCCACCACAACAUUCCUGAUCCGCAAACACGCCGGCAUCACCUCCGCCCUCGCCACCGCGGGGAACGGAGCGACGACGGCAGCCGGCAUCCCCGUCCUGGUCGAGGGCCACUACGGCGCCACCACCGGGCACGGCGACGCGUUCCCGACCCCGGACUUCCCGCACGUGCUCUGCGUCGCCGGCGGCGUCGGGAUCACCGCCGUGCUGCCGGUCCUGCGCCGCCUAUCCUGUCUGGGGGGCGGCCUCGGCGGCGAGGUCAAGGUGUUCUGGGGGGUCCGGUCGGGGGCGCUGGUAGGAGCUGUGGAGGACAUGCUUGGUUAUGCGUGCGGGGGGGACGCCGGGGGGGAGAGGCGGUGGGGGUAUGUUGAUGUUGUUGUGGCUGUGGGGGAGAGGUUGGACUUGCGGUAUGUGCUGGAGUCGGAGUUGCGGUCUAGGCCCGGGGGCACGACCGUGGUUGUGUGUGGGCCUGCUGGGAUGGCUGAUGAGGUCCGGUGUGUUGUCUCCGGUCUGUCUAGGCAAUCUGGUGUUUUGGUCAGGCUGGUUGUGGAGAGCUUUAGCUGGUGA